CAAACCAGUGCCAUGGCAUCCAAUACUCAAUCCACAACUCCAUGGCUGGAGAUACUCGGAAGCAAUAACUGGGAAGGCCUACUCGACCCGUUAGACAUCAAUCUCCUAACGCUCAUCCUGCGCUGCGGCGACUUCUGCCAAGCCACCUAUGACGCGUUCAACAACGAUGGCAACUCCAAGUAUGCUGGCAGCAGCCGCUACGGCAAAAAAUCAUUCUUCCACAAAGUCAUGCUCCAACCGUCCCCAUCCGAUUACCAAGUCGCCUCAUUUAUUUACGCCACUGCUAAAAUCUCCCUUCCUGAAGCCUUCUUCCUUCAAUCCCUCUCUCGUGAAGCAUGGGACCGCGAGUCUAACUGGAUCGGGUAUAUUGCAACUACAACCGAUGAGGUCAGUAAAGCGUUGGGCAGGCGAGAGAUCUACAUCGCGUGGAGAGGAACCACUCGAGAUUUAGAGUGGAUUAAUGUGUUAGGAGCUGACGCCACGUCUGCUGAACCAUUGUUACUACAGAAUACAACAACUGAAACCACAACAACUAAAGCCAAAAGUUUAUUCGAGUGGAUUGAUGUUGGUAACAUCGUUACUAGCAUCACUAGCGCUAGUAAUGACGAUGAAGCUGUACCAAAAGUUAUGCGGGGGUGGUUAACGAUAUACACUUCAGAUAAUCCCAACUCAUCUUUCACAAACGUAAGUGCAAGAACACAAGUGUUGUCAAGUAUCAAACAGUUGGUGGAAAAAUACAAAAAUGAAGAAAUCAGCAUAAUCAUCACUGGACACAGCCUUGGUGCAACUUUAUCCAUCUUAUCAGCCUUUGAUCUGGCAGAAAAUGGUAUCACAAACAUCCCAAUUUCAGCAAUUGUGUUCGCUUCACCACACGUGGGUAACCAAGCGUUCAACGACCGUCUCAAUCAAUUCUCAAACGUCAAGAUCCUAAACAUAAGGAACAAGAUUGACCUCAUUCCGCUUUACCCAAGCAGGUUGUUGGGGUAUGUGGAGUCGGGGGUUCAAUUUGAAAUCGAUACCAGAAAGUCCGGGAGCCUAAAGGAAUCAGUUAAUCCAAGUGACUGGCACAAUUUGCAGGGAAUGUUGCAUGUGGUGGCGGGGUGGAAUGGGGCGGACGGUGAGUUCAAGUUGAAGGUUCCGAGGAGCUUGGCGUUGGUGAAUAAAUCGAGUGAGUUCUUGAAAGAUGAGUACUUGGUACCAGGGUCGUGGUGGAUCGAGAAAAACAAAGGUAUGGUUUUGAAUGGUAAUGGUGAUUGGGUUUUGGAACCACCCGAUGAAGAAGACAUUCCGGUUCCAGAAGAUACACCGGUAGUCUAAAGAUACAGUGAUAAAUCGUCCUACCCGUUUAUGUUCAAUUCUAUAAUGUCAUUGUGUUUGUGAUAUCUAUCCCUUGGGAUAUUGAGGUAAGGCUUGCCUACAUCCCACCCCAUCUCCAGACCCCUCUAAUAGCUUAGGCUAUGUGUGGGAUUCUAGUGGGGGUAUGUUUUGAUUGAUGUAUUGUAUUUGUGAUAUGAUUUGUAAUAUGUUCAAUAAGUGAUUUGUCUUGUA